GUUUUGGACCUACCACGACGAGCGCUUCCUCUACAUGCUAAUGGACUACGUCCCAGGCGGCGAGCUGUUCAGCUACCUACGCAGCCGCGGGCGCUUCAGCAACAACACCGGCCUCUUCUACACCUCUGAGAUUGUAUGCGCCAUCGAGUACCUGCACUCCAAAGAAAUCGUCUACCGCGACCUGAAGCCUGAGAACAUCCUGCUGGACAGUGAAGGACACAUCCGCCUGACCGACUUCGGCUUCGCUAAGAAGCUCUCUGACAGGACCUGGACUCUGUGUGGCACUCCCGAGUACCUGGCUCCUGAAGUCAUCCAAAGCAAAGGUCACGGCCGGGCAGUAGACUGGUGGGCUCUGGGCAUCCUCAUCUUUGAAAUGCUGGCUGGGUACCCACCGUUCUUUGAUGACAAUCCAUUUGGAAUCUAUCAGAAGAUCCUGGCCGGAAAACUUGAAUUCCCACGCCAUCUGGAUUUCUAUGUCAAAGACCUCAUCAAGAAAUUUCUGGUCAUUGACCGAGCCAGACGGCUAGGCAACAUGAAGAACGGUGCUGAUGAUGUGAAGAAGCAUCGCUGGUUCAAGACAAUUGACUGGGAGGCAGUUAUUCUGAGGAAACUGAAGCCUCCCAUAGUUCCUAAAGUUUCCCACGAGGGGGACACCUCUAACUUUGAUGUUUACCCAGAGGAAGACUGGAAGAAAGACCCUCCCGUGCCUCAAAAGGACUUAGAGAUCUUCAAGAACUUCUGAUCGCUCGGCUUGGUUAUUUAUUGAUGGAGCAUCCGGAGAAUUGACACAACAUAUUAUAUAGUUACUGUUACAGGUACUAUCAUAGAGAAACACCUUAUUUAUCAUAGCGGAGGAGUCACAUUUUAUCUGUAAUAAUGGUCUCCCCAAAGACAAACUCCAAAUGAUCAAUACUGUGACAUGUAUCAUACCACAGAAAUGAUUUGCUUUUUAUAUUUUUAUUUAUCUGACUAAAGUCAAACCUUUGCUGUUUUCAUUUUUUUAUCACGUUUUUUUCUCUGAGCCUUAUCAUGCAAAAAAAUCUGGUUACUUUGAAACCAAAAGACUGUUACUUUCUAAAGAGAAUAAUCAGGUCUUUUUUUAAUAUGAUCAUGUUUCAUUUUUUCUCUCUUUUUAAAAUGCUCAUGUAGUCAUAUUAAUGUAACUCCAGACUGGUGCUGUAACUGUCAGCUGGCCUGUAGUCAUUAAUGUGCGGUGUUCCACUUGUUAUACUGUAUGGUGGUCAUGAGUCAGACACUUUAUUUGAAAAUGCGUGACCAAGUGCACUUGUAAAAAGGUGCCUUACAUCUCAGUUUGACAGGCAUGAUUUCUCGCAGUUACAUAAAUUUCACUUGAAGUAGUGCUUUCCUCAGCGCUCUGCACAGCGCUAAUGGAAGUGAAAUCAUGUGAGGUGCUGUUGUGGAGAACAGGCUGCUGGAUCUGCUGCCACAUCUCUUGCUGUAAAGUUGUUGCUGUUGUGUUAUUCCCUGCUGUAGGUCAACAAUAGGUUUAUUUACAGCCACAGGACGUAGUUAUUACCAUCAAGUCACAGCUGUUUUACAAUUUAGACUUUCCCAUGACCCUUUGUGCUCAUUCACUUCACAUAUCAUCAUUAUCAUUGAUGUCAUGCUUUAAAGUCAAGUGAGGUGAAAGGCGCUGAGCAUGGGACCUAAUCAAUAUUUAACUUCCUACUGUAUAUAGCUACAUCACAGUUGAUCUAGUCAAUAUUCAUCCACUUUCAGUUUACUUUGUAGUCCAGCUUUAAGUGGGUAAUUCAGGACACUAUUGGCCUUUAAAAUAAACGUCAUUUGAUUUUGUUCACUGCCAUUAAAAUCCAAGUGAUGAUGUGA